AAGACAACAGCAACUCUGUAAAGAAGAAGACAAAGUUUGUCAAUUUAUACACAAGAGAGGGACAGGACAGACUUGCAGUCCUGCUCCCUGGUCGCCACCCUUGCUUAUUCUGUGGCACUCUGGUAUGUACUCAAGAGGAACAAGAUAUUUUACAGCGUGACUCAAACAAGAGCCAGAAACUGCUAAAGAAGCUCAUGUCAGGGGUGGAGAAUUCUGGAAAGAUGGACAUCUCUACCAAGGACCUUCUUCCUCAUCAAGAAAUGCGAAUUAAGUCUGGUCUGGAGAAAGCUAUGAAGCAUAAAGACAAACUGUUAGAGUUUGACAGAACUAGUAUUCGAAGGACUCAAGUCAUUGAUGAUGAAUCAGAUUACUUUGCCAGUGAUUCUAACCAGUGGUUGUCCAAACUUGAGCGGGAAACCUUGCAGAAGCGAGAGGAGGAACUAAGAGAACUUCGACACGCCUCUCGACUUUCUAAGAAGGUCACCAUUGACUUUGCAGGAAGGAAGAUCCUGGAAGAAGAAAAUUCACUAGCAGAGUAUCAUAGCAGACUAGAUGAGACAAUACAGGCCAUUGCCAGUGGAACCUUGAAUCAGACACUGACCAAAUUGGAUAGAUCUUCUGAAGAGCCUUUGGGAGUUCUGGUAAAUCCCAACAUGUACCAGUCUCCUCCCCAGUGGGUUGACCACACAGGUGCAGCCUCACAGAAGAAGGCUUUCCGUUCAUCAGGAUUGGGACUAGAGUUCAAUUCAUUUCAGCACCAGCUGCGAAUCCAGGAUCAAGAAUUUCAGGAAGGCUUUGACAGUGGCUGGUGCCUCUCUAUACAUCAGCCCUGGGCUUCUCUGCUUGUCAGAGGGAUUAAAAGGGUAGAGGGCAGAUCCUGGUACACUCCCCACAGAGGACGACUUUGGAUAGCAGCCACAGCCAAAAAACCCUCUCCUCAAGAAGUCUCAGAACUCCAGGCUACAUAUCGUCUUCUUCGUGGGAAAGAUGUGGAAUUUCCUAAUGACUAUCCAUCAGGUUGUCUACUGGGCUGUGUGGACCUAAUUGACUGCUUGUCCCAGAAGCAAUUUAAGGAGCAGUUUCCAGACAUCAGUCAAGAAUCUGAUUCUCCAUUUGUUUUCAUCUGCAAAAAUCCUCAGGAAAUGGUUGUGAAGUUUCCUAUUAAAGGAAAUCCAAAAAUCUGGAAACUGGAUUCCAAGAUCCAUCAAGGAGCAAAGAAGGGGUUAAUGAAGCAGAAUAAAGCUGUCUGACCCAGGAGAAAAGGAACUAUACAGCAUAGUGGAGUUUUGUGUACUAAAAUUGCUAUCAACUGGUCCUUUGGAAUUGAAGUAGUAGAAACCUGAAGGAUUGGCAUCAGGCUUGAAUAUCUCAAACUUUAACUCUUGCCAAAACUGUAUAUUUUUCUUAAGGAGUGGGAUUCCUACUUUAUGUAAUGGGUCAAAAAUCUUUGAAUACAUUAUUUAUAAAAGCCUAUUUUAAAAAUGCU